UUUGCUUUUAAUUAUUGAUCCCAUGGUUAAAUGUGGUGGUUAUAUGGAUGAUCGUUUUUUAAUAGGCCUGUUCUUUGGCCCUUGAGGUCACGGAGUGAUGUGGCCGCAGACACGGCCCCUUUAACCAGCUUCUCCUCCCCGUCUCUCCCACCGUGUUUCUCUCUCCGUCUCUCUCUCUCGUCUCUUCCCCAUUUCGCUGCUUUGUUUUCAUUGUCGCUCCCCUCCGAUCAUGGCUGCUCAUUCUACCGAAGAACCGUUCCCCUUCCACGGGCUGCUCCCCAAAAAAGAAACCGGCGCCGCCUCUUACCUCACCAGGUUCCCGGAGUACGAUGGCCGGGGGGUGCUCAUCGCCAUCCUGGACACCGGCGUGGACCCCGGGGCCCCCGGCAUGCAGAUCACUACUGAGGGGAAGCCAAAGAUUGUCGACAUCAUUGACACAACAGGCAGCGGUGACGUGAACAUGAGCACCGUGACAGAGCCCAAAGAUGGGACAAUCGCCGGCCUCUCCGGGAGGACGCUUAAGAUCCCUCCCGCCUGGGUCAAUCCAUCUGGGAAGUAUCGCAUUGGAGUUAAAAAUGGCUACGAGUUCUUCCCUAAGGCUCUUAAAGAAAGAAUACAGAAAGAGCGAAAGGAGAAGAUGUGGGACCCGCCGCAUAGAUCGGCGCUUGCCGAGGUUUGCCGCAAAACAGAAGAGUUUGACCUCGCUCAUCCAACGCCCUCACAGAUGGAGAAGUUGCAGAAAGAGGAGCUGCAGAGUCAGUCAGAGCUGCUGGCGUCGUUAGAAAAGAAGUACAGCGACCCCGGGCCUGUGUAUGACUGCGUGCUUUGGCAUGACGGUGUCGCAUGGAAGGCCGUAGUCGACACCUCGGAGUGCGGAGAGCUGUCCCAGUGCACCGUGCUGAGCUCGUACAGAGAGACGCAAGAGUACGCAACGCUAGGAAACGCCGAGAUGCUUAACUACUCGGUUAAUAUCUACGACGAGGGAAACACGCUCUGCAUCGUCACCAGUGGAGGGGCUCAUGGGACACACGUGGCAAGCAUCGCAGCAGGUUACUUCCCAGAGGAACCGGAGCGUAACGGCGUGGCCCCCGGUGCCCAGAUUUUGGCUGUGAAGAUCGGAGACACCCGCCUCAGCACCAUGGAAACGGGCACAGGGCUCAUCCGCGCGAUGAUCGAAGUAAUAAACUACAAGUGCGACCUGGUGAACUACAGCUAUGGGGAAGCCACCCACUGGCCCAAUUCAGGGAGGAUCUGCGAGGUGAUCACAGAAGCUGUGCAGAAGCACAAUGUGAUUUUCGUUUCGAGUGCAGGAAACAACGGCCCCUGUCUCUCCACAGUCGGCUGCCCAGGAGGAACUACCAGCAGCGUCAUAGGAGUCGGAGCGUAUGUGACCCCAGACAUGAUGGUGGCCGAGUACUCCCUGAGGGAGAAGCUGCCCCCCAACCAGUACACCUGGUCGUCCAGGGGCCCCAGCACCGACGGGGCCCUGGGCGUCAGCAUCAGCGCCCCCGGCGGCGCCAUCGCUUCCGUGCCCAACUGGACCCUUCGCGGUACCCAGCUGAUGAACGGCACGUCCAUGUCGUCCCCCAACGCCUGCGGAGGGAUAGCGCUCGUCCUCUCCGGAUUAAAGCAGAAUGGGAUCAAUCCGUCUGUUCCUGCUGUGAGGAGAGCGCUGGAAAACACGGCUCUGAAGGUCGAUGACAUCGAGGUGUUUGCACAGGGCCACGGGAUAAUCCAGGUGGACAAGGCAUUAGACUACCUCACUCAGCACGCCUCGUUACCCACAAGCCACCUAGGCUUCGCGGUGAGUGUGGGAACGCAGCGAGGCAUCUACCUCAGGGACCCAGCCCACGUUCUCGCACCUUCAGAUCACGGAGUGGGAAUCGAGCCCAUUUUCCCAGAGAACACAGGAAACUCUGAGCGUAUCUCCCUGCAGCUGCACUUGGCGCUAACGUGCGCCGCCCCGUGGGUGCAGUGCCCCUCCCAUCUAGAGCUGAUGAACCAGUGUCGUCACGUCAACGUCCGCAUCGAUCCCGUGGGGCUGAGAGAGGGGGUGCACUACACAGAGGUGUGUGGCUACGAUACAGCAGCUCCAAGCUGUGGUCCCCUAUUCAGAGUUCCCAUCACAGUUAUUAUUCCUGCAAAAGUGACAGAUUGUCGUAAUCAGGACGUGUGCUUCACAGACGUCCACUUCAGACCCGGACAGAUUAGACGCCACUUCAUCACAGUUCCUCAGGGAGCCUCGUGGGCAGAGAUCACGCUGACCUCCCACUCGGGCGACGUGUCGUCAAAGUUCGUCCUUCACGCGGUGCACCUGGUGAAACAGAAGGCCUACAGAGCGAACGAAUUCUACAAGUUCUCCUCGCUGCUGGAGAGAGGCUCCUUAACCGAGGCUUUCCCCGUGCUGUCCGGUAGAGUGGUAGAGUUUUGCAUCGCGCGCUGGUGGGCGAGCCUGGGCGACGUCACGGUCGACUACAGCAUCUCUUUCCACGGACUCAGCGUUUCUCCUUCGCCCCUGCACAUACACGCCUCGGAGGGAGUGACGAGUUUCGACGUGUCGUCGCCUCUGAGAUACGAGGAGGUGUCCCCCACCAUCACCCUCAAGUCGUGGGUUCAGCCUCUGAGACCCUUAAGCUCAAAGAUAAAAGCCUUGGGAAUGAGGGACGUUCUGCCUAAUAACAGACAACUCUAUGAGAUUGUCCUCACCUACAGCUUCCACCAGCCCAAGAGUGGAGAGGUGACGCCCAGCUGCCCGAUGCUGUGUGAGCUGCUGUAUGAGUCAGAGUUUGACAGUCAGCUCUGGAUGCUGUUUGAUCAGAACAAGAGGCUGCUGGGCUCAGGGGACGCCUACCCGCACCAGUACUCUCUGAAGCUGGAAAAGGGCGACUACACCGUGCGUCUGCAGGUCCGCCACGAGCAGUCGAGCGAGCUGGAGCGCCUCAAGGACCUGCCGUUCGUCGUCUCCCACCGCCUGUCCACCACGCUCAGCCUGGACGUCUACGAGACGCACCGCGCCGCCCUCAUGUCCAAGAAGAAAGCCAACUCCGUCACCUUGUGCCCCGGCGCCACGCAGCCGUUCUACGUCACGGCCCUGCCAGACGACAAGAUCCCUAAGGGGACGAGUCCAGGAUGUUACCUGUCAGGCUCCCUCGUUGUGCCCAAGAGCGAGUACGGCAAGAAAGCUGGGCAGGCCUCUGCAAAACGACAAGGAAAGUUUAAAAAGGAUAUCGCUCCCGUCAUCUACCACCUGAUCCCUGCUCCCAACAAGACGAAGAACGGAGGGAAGGAGAAGGACAAGGAGGCGGAUAAGGAGAAGGACGUGAAGGAGGAGUUCGCAGAAGCCAUGAGAGAUUUGAAGAUUCAGUGGAUGACAAAGUUGGACUCCAGCAACGUCUACGACGAACUGAUGGAGAGCUUCUCCGAGUAUCUCCCGCUGCACGUGCAAAGGCUUCACCAGCUGGACUCAGAGAAGGAGCGCGUGAAACGUCUGAAGGAGGUGGCGUCGGCCGCGGACAUCGUCGUCUCCCACAUCGACCAAACAGCCUUGGCCGUUUACCUCACCAUGAAGACGGACCCACGGCCGGAUGCAGCCUCCAUCAAGACUGACAUGGAGAAGCAGAAGUCGUCUCUGCUCGACGCCCUGUGCAGGAAGGGCUGCGCUCUGGCCGACCAGCUCCUGCUUCCCCCCUCGGGCCCGGACGCCACCGGCGGCGGCGGCGCCCUCGCCACCGGACACGCUGCAGCGGCGGAGGAGUCCGCGGACCAGGUUCCCAGCAGUUCUGACGACGCCAACGUGGCCAAAGCCCUGACGGACACGUUUUGGGAGGUGCAGAAGUGGGCGGAGCUAACUGACUCCAAGGUGUUAAUGUUUUCAUACAAGCACGCUCUGGUGAACAAGAUGUACGGCCGAGCCUUAAAAUACGCCUCAAAGAUGGUGGAGGAGAAGCCCAGCAAAGAGAACAUGAAGAACUGCAUCCAGCUCAUGCGUCACCUUCGAUGGACGCACUGCGCCACCUUCAGCGAGAACUGGCUCCCUGUCAUGUACCCAGCAGACUACACACCAUUCUAGGCACAGACACACACACAAACACACACAUGCAUGGGCAGCAUGUCCACACACACACACACAAACACACACAGACACACACGGUCCAUUACUUUGAUAGAUAUCAUAUCCCUCUGGGUCACAUGGUCCGUGAAUCUGACCCACCAGCUGCCUCCCGUGAUCCGUUUUUGUUUUCCGAAUGUGAGCGUGAGCGAACGACAAAAUAAAGGGGCCACAUAAAAAUGAUUCGAAGUCCAAGACCUUUAAAUAUCACGCGGCUCAAAGCCUCAGCUGUUGGUUUGAUGCUGCCGACAACAAGAAGAAGAAAAACAAACGCCUCUUGUCUUGGUUCGGUGCCGUCCUUUUUAUUUUGUCGUUUUUUUUUACGCUUUCACAUGCGCCCGCCCUCCAUAUCACACGAAUAACCUCAUUCUCUUGUGUAAAUACUGUAAAAAAAAAAUACAAUACAAUACAGAAAAAGGACCAGUGUGGACUCCAGUGGUGCACUUCCCAAGUGUGUGUGAACCCAUCUACUCACUUCAAAACAAAAAAAAGAAAGAAAGAGCGAAGGACUUGCUGCUGCUGCACAGAGUCGCCUGAUCCCUGAAUUAAAAGGGAAAUCCUUGGACUGAUCUUAAUCUCCUCUUUCUUCUUCUUCUUCUUCUUCAUUAUUAUUAUUAUUAUUAUUAUUUUUAAUUGUUCCAACCAGACCGGGUUGAUUAGCGUCGUCAUAUUUCUCACACACAUAAACAGUACAGAGGUGCCUUUCUACAUGUACCUUACCUUUUUUCUGAUGGGACGAAGAAGUUUUUGUUUUUUUUUUGUUUUUUGUUUAA